UGUACCAAAGGGAGCGAGUCCUUCAGAGUAACAGUGAAGCAGCUGUUAACCUCCUCACGACCCCGGCAGCCUGUGUGAUCCUACCCGGACAGAGACAGAGACAGAGGCAGAGACAGAGGCAGAGACAGAUGGGCUCCAGGCUACCGCCAGCAGCACUCUCUUUAAAGCAGUUCCUACAGAGGCAGAAGGUUCUGGGGCUUUACAGAGGCAUUCUGAGGACCAUCCGCCAAGUUCCGGACGAGGCGGACAGGAAGUACCUGAGAGACUGGGCCCGGGAGGAAUUCAAGAGGAACAAGAACGCCACCAACCAGGAUGCUAUCCGCAUGAUGAUCACACAGGCCAACAACCACCUGGAGGAGCUGCAGAAGUCUCUGUUACUGGCCAGAAGUUGACCUCUGCAGGAGUGUUCUUUACUUUUCUUCAGUGAAGAAAAUCAGGAUUUCAAUUGGACUGACAAUAUGAUACGCCACCUGGUGGCCCUGUGUGUUCAUGUACGAGUCCAGUGCAGCUUCUGCCAAUCAGGUAUUUCAUGAAAAUUAAGAAGGCAAUAAAGAAACUGAUUUUUUUUUUCAUCA